AUGUCGAGCUCAUUCAACAACACAUCAGUGCAACGCAAUACGCCGGCUAAUAACCAGCCUAGCACCAGUCGACAACCAUCACAGCCCAAAGCCAAUAUCAUGAAUUUCAACACUUCAAAUUCACCAAAUGUUUUCAACAGAGCAUCAACUUCUGAGUGUUAUUUUUGUCGCAAUGGCUCUCACAACAUUUUCAAUUGUAAUCAACUUCUCAAAAUUCCAACUUCAGAGCGAACCUCUGCUGUAUUGAAAAAAUCCUUGUGUGUCAACUGUAUUCGGCCAUGGGAUCGAGCUCACCAAUGUCAAGGUUCCUGCAAGACGUGCAAUUUACGACAUCACACGCUACUUCAUGGGUCAAGUCCUGUCCCUAAGAGGUCCAACUAUGUCACAACAUCGAACCAUGCGCGCAAUCCAGUGAAAAAUCUGUCGCAGAGCAUGCCGUACUGUGAGUAUAACAUACCUCAUCAGUCACAACAACAAUUAAGGUAUGAUAAUCAAUACAACCAGCCAUCGCAAAUGUCAUCAGUGCAUCCAGCAUCAAUGAACUCCAAUUCAGCAGUGCCAAUGACACACAUGGUUUCACCUGCGCCGCAAAUAUCAACUAGCCUUGUCCAGCAGUUGCCGACUUCUAGUGUUGUUGUCAAUUCAAUUCCCUCUAGACCUCAGUCAUCAAAUUCUGAGAGAAGUCGUCAAUUUGAUUCAUCUCAAUCCAGUUUGCAGCCUGCCACAAAUGUUGUUGAAUCUCACAAUCAGACAGUCAGCUAUGCCCACAGCGCACCACAAAUCAAAUCCAUUGAUAGCAGACGCACUUGCAUCAUGCCUACAGCCCAGUUGAUUGUCUUUGACAAGAGUGGUCAAGCUGUAAUUUGCCGCGCACUCCUCGACAGUGGCUCUGACAGCUGUUUUAUUUCACGUCAAUUAGCUACUCAACUUCAAUUACCCACUAUUUGUACUGGCAGCACAGUUCACACUGUGUCUGGCAGUAAUGCUACCUUAUUGAAUUUGUCAUCUUUGAGUAUUCACUCACCUGACCGAACUUGGUCAACUCACAUUGAUUGCAUUGUCACAGAGAAAAUUGUUCCUAGUGUUCCACCAUCUGGACUCAAUUUUUCAGAUUUCAAUAUUCCCCCCAAUGUUGUUUUAGCCGAUCCUACCUUCUUCAGAAUUUCAGGAGUGGAUAUACUCUUAAACGUUGAUGUCUACGCCAUGCUUCAUUUACCUGGUCAAAUUCGCCUGUCCGAAAGCUGUAUUCUUCAGAAUACCAAGUUAGGUUGGAUAGUCUGGGGCUCCAUUCCUGCUUAUAAAUCAUCUGUCACCCAUCAACACAUUUCCAAUUUCGUUUCUAGCAUUGAACAUGUGUCCAACGCAGACAUCUCUAAGCAAUUGGAAAAAUUUUGGCAAAUUGAAGAAAUUGAUACUGAAUCCAGCACGCCAGCAGAACACGCACAAAUUGAGCAGCACUACAUUGAGAAUGUUCAACGUCAAGAUGAUGGCAGAUUUUCUAUAGCCUUGCCGAAAAAGGAUUCAUUUCAUUUGUUAGGUCAAUCCUUCAGACAAGCAUUGACUCGCUUUCACUCGCUGGAGAAACGUCUUGAUACUCAUCCUGAACUCAAGAAACAAUAUAUACAAUUCAUGGAUGAAUAUAUUGAUUUAGGUCACAUGUCUCUUGCACCACCUUCAUCUCCAUAUGAUCCAUAUUAUCACAUUCCUCAUCAUCCAGUUUUCAAGCCAGAUUCCACGACUACCAAACUUCGAGUUGUGUUUGAUGCUUCAGCGAAGUCCACUUCAGGAUUAUCACUCAAUGAUGUUCUUCACAUUGGUCCAACAGUGCAGCCUGAGUUGUUUGACACAGUGCUCAGAUUUCGUAUGCAUCGUAUCGCAUUCAUUGCUGAUAUAGCGAAAAUGUACCGCCAGAUUCUUGUUCAUCCAAAUGACAGAAAUUUUCAACGCAUCUUUUGGAGAUCUGAUCAGAAUCAACCUAUUCAAGAGUAUCACUUGAAUACUGUCACUUACGGCACAUCCUCAGCUCCAUACCUUGCUACACGCAUGCUCAAUCACUUAGCAGAUGUUGAAUGUUCACUGCAAUCAGCAGUUCAUCAAGCCAUUAAGGAAGAUUUUUACGUGGAUGAUCUUAUCAGUGGUUCAUCUUCACUCUCAUCAGCCAUAGAGUUGGCUCAUCAAUUGCUUACUACACUUAAUAAAGGAAAUUUUGAACUCAGGAAGUGGUUGUCUAAUUCGUCAGAAUUACUUUCAACGAUCCCAGCUCAUCUCAUCGAGACAGCUACAUCACGACCAUUAUCUGAUUCAAACGACAGUGUUGUUAAGGCACUUGGUCUCAUUUGGAAUUCUACGGCUGAUCAACUCACUAUCUCAUCCAACAUUUCAAAAGUUGUUCAUCAAACAUCUUUCACUAAACGUCAAUUAUUGUCAUGCAUUUCUAGCAUAUUUGAUCCGCUUGGACUCAUCUCACCCAUUGUCAUUCGUCCCAAAUUGUUAUUUCAAAAGCUUUGGCUCCAUAAACUUGAUUGGGACCAAAAGCUACCAUCUGAGCUUCUCACAGAAUGGUUAUCCAUACUUCAUGAUUUACCAAACAUUGCGAAUGUUUCUAUUCCACGUUGUGUUUUGCCACCCUCUUCAGAGGUCGAUUUGGAACUGCAUGCAUUUUCUGAUGCCAGCGCAACAGCAUUUGGUGCUUGUCUUUAUGUUCGCAGCUCAUCAUCGGACGGGGUUCAAGUUAGAUUGCUUACGUCAAAGUCCAAGGUAGCGUCCAUAAAACCAUUGCUCACAAUUCCUCGUUUGGAACUCCAAGCAGCAUAUUUGUCAUCGAAAUUAGUUGUGAAAACAAUUCGUGCUUCCAAGCUCAAAUUUUCCAGGGUAAUCUUGUGGACUGAUUCCAAGGUUGUGUGCGAUUGGCUCAAGGCUUUGCCAAACAGAGCAGAUAUCUUUGUUUCGGUUCGCGUCUCUACGAUUCAGAAUCUUACAGCAGAUUUUACAUGGAAACAUGUCACUACGAAACAUAAUCCUGCUGACCUAAUUUCGAGAGGCUGCACUCCAACAACACUCAUCAACAGUUCACUUUGGUGGAAUGGCCGUCUUGGUUGUCCAAGCAAGAAGCUACAUGGAAUGACAUCUCCUGUAAUGUUGCAAUCAUCCGUCCUAUCUCAUCACAUGCCACUAGAGUCACAACUUCAGUGUUGA